AGAACCCCAGAAACACCCAGCAAAACCCUCCUCCACCAUGGGGGCCAUGACUCUGCUGUUGGCGGGCAUCCUCCUGGCUUUGGUUGCACUUCCUACCGAAGGAGGGGUCCUCAAGAAAGUCAUCCGGCACAAGCGACAGAGUGGGGUCAACCUCACCCUCCCAGAGGAGAAUCAGCCCGUGGUGUUUAACCACGUCUACAACAUCAAGCUGCCUGUGGGAUCCCAGUGUUCAGUGGAUCUGGAAUCAGCUAAUGGGGAGAAAGACCUGGCUGCACCGUCGGAGCCCAGUGAAAGCUUCCAGGAACACACAGUGGAUGGGGAAAACCAGAUCAUCUUUACACACCGCAUCAACAUCCCCCGCCGGGCCUGUGGCUGUGCUGCUGCUCCUGAUGUCAAGGAACUCCUGAGCAGGCUGGAGGAGCUGGAGAGCCUUGUGUCUUCCCUGCGGGAGCAAUGUACCCUGGGAGCAGGCUGCUGUCUCCAGUCUGCUGAAGGCCGCCUGGACACCAGGCCCUUCUGCAGCGGCCGAGGCAACUUCAGCACCGAAGGAUGCGGCUGUGUUUGUGAACCUGGCUGGAAAGGCCCCAACUGCUCUGAGCCUGAAUGUCCAAGCGACUGUCACCUUCGAGGCCAGUGCCUUGAUGGGCAAUGUGUCUGCAAUGAGGGCUUCACCGGCGAGGACUGCAGCCAGCUGGCCUGUCCCGGCGACUGCAAUGACCAAGGCAAGUGCGUGAACGGGGUCUGUGUGUGUUUCGAAGGCUACUCCGGGGCUGACUGCAGCCAAGAGAUCUGCCCCGUGCCCUGCAGCAAGGAGCACGGCACAUGUGUGGAUGGCCAGUGUGUGUGCCAGGAUGGCUUCGCCGGCGACGACUGCAAUGAGCCCCUGUGCCUCAACAACUGCCACAACCGCGGGCGGUGCGUGGAGAAUGAGUGUGUGUGCAAUGAGGGCUUCACAGGCGAGGACUGCAGUGAGCUCAUCUGCCCCAAUGACUGUUUUGACCGGGGCCGCUGUGUCAAUGGCACCUGCCACUGCGAGGAAGGCUUCACGGGUGAGGACUGUGGCAAACUCGUCUGCCCCAAUGCCUGCCACGGCCAGGGCCGGUGUGAGGAGGGACAGUGCGUGUGCAACGAGGGCUUCGCUGGCAUGGAUUGCAGUGAGAAGAGGUGUCCUGCCGACUGUCACAACCAUGGCCGCUGCGUCAAUGGGCAGUGUGAGUGUGACAAUGGUUUCACAGGAGCUGACUGCGGGCAGCUCAAAUGUCCCAAUGACUGUAGCGGCCAGGGCCACUGUGUCAAUGGGCAGUGUGUGUGUGACGAGGGCUACACUGGAGAGGACUGCAGCCAGCUUCGGUGCCCCAGUGACUGUCACAGCCGGGGCCGCUGUGUCCAAGGAAAAUGUGUGUGCGAGCAAGGCUUCAAAGGCUAUGACUGCAGUGAAAUGAGCUGCCCCAAUGACUGUAACCAGCACGGCCGUUGCGUGAAUGGCAUGUGCAUCUGUGACGACAACUACACUGGGGAAGACUGCCGGGAUCUCCGAUGUCCCAAGGACUGCAGCCACCGGGGCCGCUGCGUGGACGGGAAGUGCGUGUGCGAGGACAGCUUCACUGGCCCCGACUGUGCAGAACUCUCCUGUCCCAGUGACUGCCACGGCCAGGGGCGCUGUGUGAAUGGGCAAUGUGUGUGCCAUGAGGGCUUCAUGGGCAAAGACUGCAAAGAGCGAAGGUGUCCCGAUGACUGCCAUGGCCAGGGCCGCUGCGAGGAUGGCCAGUGCAUCUGCCACGAGGGCUUCACAGGCCCAGACUGCGGGCAGCGCUCCUGCCCCAAUGACUGCAGUCACUGGGGACAGUGCGUCUCGGGCCACUGCAUCUGUAACGAGGGCCAUGCUGGGGAAGACUGCUCAGAGGUGUCCCCUCCUAAAGACCUCAUUGUGACGGAAGUGACGGAAGAGACUGUAAACCUGGCCUGGGACAAUGAAAUGCGGGUCACGGAGUACCUCAUCGUGUACACGCCCACCCAUGCAGAUGGCCUGGAAAUGCAGUUCCGUGUGCCAGGGGACCAGACGUCCACCACCAUCCGGGAGCUGGAGCCUGGCGUGGAGUACUUUAUCCGCGUGUUUGCCAUCCUGGAGAACAAGAGGAGCGUUCCCGUCAACUUGCCUGCACCUGAAGGCCUAAAAUUCAAGUCCAUCAAGGAAACAUCUGUGGAAGUGGAGUGGGAUCCUCUAGACAUUGCUUUUGAAACGUGGGAGAUUAUCUUCCGGAACAUGAAUAAAGAAGAUGAGGGAGAGAUCACCAAAAGCCUGAGGAGGCCAGAGACCUCUUACCGGCAAACUGGUCUAGCUCCCGGGCAAGAGUAUGAGAUAUCUCUGCACAUCGUGAAAAACAAUACCCGAGGACCUGGCCUUAAGAGAGUGACCACCACCCGCUUGGAUGCCCCAAGUCAGAUCGAGGUGAAAGAUGUCACAGACACCACUGCUUUGAUCACCUGGUCCAAGCCCCUGGCUGAGAUCGAUGGCAUUGAGCUGUCCUAUGGCAUCAAAGAUGUACCGGGUGACCGCACCACCAUCGAUCUCACACACGAUGAGAACCAGUACUCCAUCGGGAACCUGAAGCCAGACACCGAGUACGAGGUGUCCCUCAUCUCCCGUAGGGGUGACAUGUCAAGCAACCCAGCCAAAGAAACCUUCACUACAGGCCUUGAUGCUCCCAGGAAUCUCCGCCGCGUCUCCCAGACAGACAACAGCAUCACCCUGGAAUGGAGGAAUGGCAAAGCAGCCAUUGACAGUUACAGAAUUAAGUAUGCACCCAUCUCGGGAGGUGACCACGCCGAGGUCAACGUCCCAAGGGGCCAACAAGCCACAACCAAAACCACACUCACAGGUCUGAGGCCAGGAACUGAGUAUGGAAUUGGAGUUUCUGCUGUGAAGGAGGACAGGGAGAGUGAUCCAGCGACCAUCAAUGCGGCCACAGACUUGGACGCACCCAAGGACCUUCGGGUUUCUGAAACUACAGAGACCAGCUUGACCCUGCUCUGGAGGACACCAUCGGCCAAGUUUGACCGUUACCGCCUCAACUACAGCCUCCCCACGGGCCAUUCGGUGGGGUUGCAGCUUCCAAAAAACACCACCUCCUAUGUCCUGAGAGGCCUGGAACCAGGACGGGAAUACACCAUGCUCCUAACAGCCGAGAAGGGCAGGCACAAGAGCAAGCCCGCACGUGCGAAGUCAUCCACCGAACAAGCCCCUGAACUGGAAAACCUCACCGUGACUGAGGUUGGCUGGGAAGGCCUCAAAAUCCACUGGACCGCAGCUGACCAGGCCUACGAGCACUUUGUCAUUCAGGUGCAGGAAGCCAACAAGGUGGAGGCCGCUCAGAACCUCACAGUGUCCGGCAGCCUCCGGGCCAUGGACAUCCCAGGUCUCAAGGCUGCCACCCCUUAUACAGUCUCCAUCUAUGGGGUGAUCCAGGGCUAUAGGACACCAGUGCUCACUGCUGAGGCCUCCACAGGGGAAACUCCCAGUUUAGGAGAGGUCACGGUGGCCGAGGUGGGCUGGGAUGCCCUCAAGCUCAACUGGACUGCUCUGGAAGGGGCCUAUGAACACUUUUUCAUUCAGGUGCAGGAGGCUGACACAGUAGAGGCAGCCCAGAACCUCACGGUCCCAGGAGGACUGAGGUCCGUGGACCUGCCUGGGCUCAAAGCAGCCACUCGUUAUAACGUCACCAUCCAUGGGGUGACUCGGGACUUCAGCACAACCCCUCUCUCUGUUGAAGUCUUGACAGAAGAGGUUCCAGAUCUGGGAAACCUCACAGUAACUGAGGUUACCUGGGAUGCCCUCAAACUGGACUGGACCACACCAGAAGGGACCUAUGAGCAGUUUAUCAUUCAGGUCCAGGAGGCUAACCAGGCGGAAGAGGCUCACAAUCUCACAGUUCCUGGCAGCCUGCGCUCCGUGGAAAUCCCAGGCCUCAAGGCCGGCAUUCCUUAUAUAAUCACCCUGCACGGCAAGGUCAGGGGCCACAGCACUCGACCCCUCGUUGCAGAGGUCAUCACAGAGGAGCUCCCCCAGCUGGGAGACUUAGCCGUGACUGAGGUUGGCUGGGAUGGACUCAAACUCCACUGGAUCGCAGCUGACCAGGCCUUCGAGCACUUUGUCAUUCAGGUGCAGGAAGCCAACAAGGUGGAGGCCGCUCAGAACCUCACAGUGUCCGGCAGCCUCCGGGCCAUGGACAUUCCGGGCCUCAAGGCUGCCACCCCUUACAGAGUCUCCAUCUAUGGGGUGAUCCAGGGCUAUAGGACACCAGUGCUCACUGCUGAGGUCUCCACAGCUGAAGAACCUGAAAUUGGAAAUUUAAAUGUUUAUGACAUAACUCCUGAGAGCUUCAAUCUCUCCUGGACAGCUACCAAUGGGACCUUCGAGAUCUUUACCAUUGAAAUUAUUGAUUCCAAUAGGUUGCUGGAGACAGCAGAAUAUAAUAUCUCUGGUGCUGAACGAACUGCCCACAUCUCAGGGCUUCCCCCUAGUACUGCUUUUGUUGUCUACCUCUCUGGCCUUGCUCCCAGCAUCCGAACCAAAACCAUCAGUGCCACAGCCACCACAGAAGCCCUGCCCCUUCUGGAAAACCUAACCAUUUCCGACAUUAAUCCCUACGGGUUCACAGUUUCCUGGAUGGCAUCGGAGAAUGCCUUUGACAGCUUUCUAGUAACGGUGGUGGAUUCUGGGAAGCUGCUGGACCCCCAGGAAUUCACACUUUCAGGAACCCAGAGGAAGCUGGAGCUUAGAGGCCUCAUAACAGGCAUUGGCUAUGAGGUCAUGGUCUCUGGCUUCACCCAAGGGCACCAAACCAAGCCCUUGAGCGCUGAGAUUGUUACAGAAGUUGAACCAGAAGUUGACAACCUUCUGGUUUCAGACGCCACUCCCAACGGUUUCCGUCUGUCCUGGACAGCUGAUGAAGGGGUCUUCAACAGUUUUGUUCUCAAAAUCAUAGAUGCCAAAAAGCAGUUUGAGCCACUGGAAAUAACCCUACUUGCCCCUGAACGUACCAGGGACAUAACAGGUCUCAGAGAGGCUACUGAAUAUGAAAUUGAACUCUAUGGAAUAAGCAAUGGAAGGCGAUCCCAGCCAGUCAGUGCUAUAGCAACAACAGCCAUGGGCUCACCAAAGGAAAUAAUUUUCUCAGACAUCACUGAAAACUCAGCCACUGUCAGCUGGAUGGCACCCACUGCCCAGGUGGAGAACUUCCGGAUUACCUAUGUGCCCAUUACAGGAGGUACACCCUCCAUGGUAACUGUGGAUGGAACAAAGACUCAGACCAGGCUGGUGAAACUCACACCUGGGGUGGAGUACCUUGUCAGUGUCAUUGCCAUGAAGGGCUUUGAGGAAAGUGAACCUAUCUCAGGGUCACUCACCACAGCUCUGGAUGGCCCAUCUGGCCUGGUGACAGCCAACAUCACUGACUCGGAAGCCCUGGCCAUGUGGCAGCCAGCCAUUGCCACCGUGGACAAUUACGUCAUCUCCUACACAGGAGAGAAAG